AACAGCUUUGAAAGCCAUAAUCUCGCGCGCUUUACAAAAAUAUCCACAACUGAAAUGCAAACGAAUAGAAAUUCAAAAUCUUCAGCUUCAAACGACGAUUCUGUUAAGCUCGCCGUCGCCAUUUCUCUUAUCCGAUCAAAGCUCCGCCUUAAUAAAAAUCAAAGCACUCAGCCUUCUUCUGAAUCCGAUGUACUUCGCUGGAAGCGGAAGGCGAAGGAGCGGAAGCAAGAGCUCAUCAGGCUGAGAGAGCAUCUAAGAGAAGCUGAAGAUUCUUCGCAUUGCGAUUUGUUUCCGCAAUCGGCUUCUUGUAAGUGCUAUUUCUUUGAUAAUUUGGGAAAAUUAAGCCCUAAGAUCGAUGGAGAUGCCUCUCAUCGUCGGUUCAACGACGUUCUUCGCCGCAGAUUUCUCAGACAAGUGAGACUGAAGGAAAGGAGGAGAAGAAUAGGCGAUUCCGCUCAACGACGACGUUUUACAGAGUUGAGCUAUGAGGAUCAGGUGGAGCAGCUUAGGGGCUCUGUUGAUUUUCUUGUGGAGCUUUGCAACACUGUUUCUCCGGCAAAAGAGGGCAAUUUUGCUAAUUGGUCUCACCAAGCUGUGGACUUCAUUUUAGCAUCAUUGAGGAAUCUAUUAACAGAGGGAAAGAGCAAAGAAAUUAUUGAAGGGAUAAUCAGCAGCUUAAUUGUGCACUUGGUUAAAAGAAUGUGUUGCCCCUUGAAAGAAGAUGGUGCUGACUCAGAGUCACUUCAUAUUGACGACAAUUCUCAAUUCUGUAUUCAACACCUGAUCCGUAAGCUUGCAAGUGAAGCCUAUAUUGGACAGCGUGUCAUAUUCUCAGUAUCCCAAAGAAUUUCUGUAGUAGCAGAAAGCUUGCUUUUCUCAGAUCCAUUUGAUGCUUCUUUCCUCAGUAUGAACGAGUGCAUGUUUAUAAUGAUCCAGCUUAUUGAGUUUCUAUUAUCAGAUUACUUAUUAACUUGGUCAAACAGUGAAUUCUUCGACAAAAUGCUCUUCGAAGAGUGGGUUGAAUUAGUCCUCCAAACAAGAAAAGCAGCAGAACUUUUGGAAAGCAGAAAUGGGCUUUAUGUUCUAUACAUGGAUCGAGUCACUGGAUUGUUGGCUAAACAAGUUGGUCAGGUUUCAUCACUCCACAAACUCAACCCAGAUCUUCUUGAUAAACUGUUUCUUUAAUUUCAUCUUUGCAUUUAUUUUUCUUUUCAUCAGCAUUAGAGUUAGCCACAUGACUCAAAAUAUUUUCC